UGAUGUUUACGUGAAGAUCUGCGACGAGCCGGAGGAGCUCGCCUCGCCCAUCGUGGCCCAUGAAUAUUGUCACGCGAAAUUGCCUCGCUUGCUGCACUCCGACCUGGCUCGCUCACCGAGGUUAGACCACCGUGUGUGUGCGCGCUACGCCCACGCCUUUCAUUACAGCCGACCACGUGAGACCCCGCCUACUCUCGGCCAGCGUGCCGUGCACAGGGGCUCCAUUUUCGGUCGGUUAAAAAUGAUCAUUGGACAUUGCGAAAAUGCGGACUUGUGCUGUCGUGAGCCGAGCUAGCCCUGUACGCUUAGCCGCCUACGACUCUUGAAGGUGCGGCUGUGUUCGCGAAGAUGGAACGGAUAUUCCACGAGAAGCAAGAAGGCUCGCUGUGUGCCCAGCACUGCCUCAAUGGACUGCUUCAGGGCGAAUACUUCACUGCUGUUGAAUUGGCAACGAUCGCCCAGCAAAUUGAUGAGCAAGAACGCGAGACGAUGGCCGAAGGGGGCCUCAACAGUGACGACUACCAGCGUUUUAUGCAUCAACCAUCCGGGAACCUGGAUGACAGCGGCUACUUCUCAGUGCAAGUGAUUGCCAAUGCACUCAAGGUGUGGGGCCUCGAACUCGUGCCUUACAGCAGCACUGACCCGGUGGCGCAGGCAGCUCAAGCAGAUCCUACCCUGUCAACGGCCUACAUAUGCAAUUACAAGGAGCACUGGUUCACCAUCCGCAAGCUGGGCGGGCGCUGGUUCAACCUCAACUCGCUCCUCUCGGGGCCUCAGCCCAUCUCCAGGACCUAUCUUGCGCUCUUCCUCGCUCAGCUGCAGCAGGAAGGUUACUCUAUCUUCGUAGUGGUUGGCGAACUACCGCAAUGCCAAGCAGACGACUUUCUCGAGGAAGACAGUGACCGUGAUCUCCAAGAGGCACUGCAGCAGAGCCUGCAGGAGAGUCAGCAGGAGAGCCAGCAGGCGAAGACUCCAACCGAGGCAUCCACGCUGUCUGACGACGAAAUGCUAGAGGCUGCCCUACGACUCUCCAUGGAGAGCUGACACUGGUGCAUCGAAACAAACUAUGCAAGGUUCUGCGACGUACCCCGUUGAUUUUUUUAACAUGUUGGCACUGUGUUUGCAAGGUCAAAACCAUGCACAGUGAACUGGAAAAUGCCGCUGGGGCACACUUUUACUGGUGCAAGUUGUUCUCUUGUAUGUGUACUGCAAUAUGUUAGUUUUGAGCCGAAAUAAAUCUAUGCAGAAGCACCA